AGAAGCAGCUGCGCGCUCAGUGCCACAACUUGGGUCCGGAUUUUGACACUGUUCUGUUCAGUUCAGUGGGCUGUUUCUGCGGUGUGUGCUGGUAGUUACUGAUGGCAGGAGACGAGGACAUCUUUCUAAGAGCACAACAACGGACCUAUAAGGGUUUGACUGAAGAUAAGGAGAAAGAAUGGAAGGGGCCAUUCUGCUUCAUCCAGGCAGCGGACCCUCAGCUGGGCCUGAUGAAGGCUUGGAGGGUGGGGGAUUGUGAUAAUGGAGGAGAUGAAUGGUCAGAGGAGGUCCAGCUCACCAAGCAGGCUGUCCAGGCCAUCAAUAAACUGCAGCCGCGGCCCCGCUUCAUUGCUCUUUGUGGGGAUUUGGUCCACGCAAUGCCGGGUUGCACUUUCAGGGAAGAGCAGGAGCGAGACCUGAAGGAUGCUCUGCGGGACACUGAUCCAGAUAUCCCCCUGGUUUUUGUCAGUGGCAACCACGACCUUGGCAACGCGCCCACUUCGGACACGGUGGAGCAGUACUGCCGUUGCUGGGGGGACGAUUACUUCAGUUUCUGGGUGGGCGGGGUGCUGUUCCUGGUGCUGAACUCCCAGCUCUUCUUCGACGCGUCCGGCUGCCCUCAGCUGGAGCAGGCUCAUGAGGACUGGCUGGAGCAGCAGCUGCAGAGCGCAGCUCAGAGCUCGGCACGCCACGUCCUCAUCCUCCAGCACAUCCCCCUGUACCUGCAGACGCCCCACGAGGAGGACAAUUACUUUAACCUGCAGACAGCCAAGAGGGAGAGCCUGAUCCACAGAUUCCUCCAAGCAGGCGUUAAAGCCGUGUUCUCUGGACACUACCAUCGCAACGCCGGGGGCUGCCACGAUGGCUUGGACAUGGUGGUGACCUCAGCUAUUGGCUGCCAACUGGGUGAGGACACACACGGAGUCCGAGUGGUGGUGGUGACUGCUGAUGAGGUCAUUCAUCGUUACCAAAGUCUGGAGCAGUUAAACCAGAAAGGAAUGGAUGAAGAUCUUAAAAAACUCUUGGCUUAAACUUGAUACUUAUUUUUAUUGUGGGAAUCUAUGAAAUGAUGGCAAUUCGGUGGUUUAUAUAAUUACUAGGGUACGGAUGGGGAAUCAAAUAUUCUAGGUGUUUGUGGGCUUAAAAAAAAUUCCAAAAAGCUAUGCAUAUGUUAAAAAUGUUGUGUGUACAUAUACUUAAAAAAUAAGAAACAUUUUUUUAAUGGUUGCAUUUAUCGAGACAGAUUCAUAUAGCACACCACUAGAUUUACCAUAGCGUUAAGAGAAAACACUAUAGAGUCACAAUAACAGAUCUGGUCUUUCAUAAACAAUGAUUUUCCUAUUUUUUAUCCCAUUUAAUUGUGCCAUUAGCAAUCUAAAAACCUCUUUAAGAAUUAAAACCUGUAGCAGAUUCAUGUAAUAUGUGUUAUGUCCUGUAACUACUGAUUCACCUCAAUAUGUGGAUGCUUUUUUUUUUUUUUUUUCACUUUUUUGACCUAACACAGUGCAGAAUAAUAAUACACUCUUUUUCUCCAUUUAGGAGAAAAGUAAAAAUUUCACAUUGACAUUGCGCAAAACAUUAAACAUCUUGCAAUAUGACUAUUGUGCAUGCGCACAUCGCAAUAACAAUGCUGAAACAAAACUUUUUUCCAUUAAUUGUUUGUUGCUGUAUUUUACCAUUUAACUGUAUUUCUGCUCUUUUUAUUAUGAUCAGUAGCUCUGAUUCAGAGAAUUGCUAAAUGCUAGGUGAUAUAUACUAGUAAUUAUUAUAUAUUAAUGUGGAAUUUUUUUAUUGCUAUCACAGGGAUUUGCAUUCCAUAAACUGACACUUCAGUGUUAUAGCUUCAGGAAUUUUGAGCUAAAGCUGUCCUAAUGACCCUUAAUCCUUUAGCAUUAAACAAAAUUAGUUAAAUAAUAAGGUAGUUAUAUCUUUAACCAGUAACUAAUGACCAUAUAGAUCAAAGACACAGUGGUUCCACUCUCUUCCAUUCUAUAGAAAUGAAACCAAUGUCCACCAUGUUGCUGAAUUUGCAACCAGAUUCUGCAUAGAAAAAAGCCAGAGGUGGAGCCAGACUUCGACACUCAUUUGGGAGGCAUGCCAGGCAACCAGAUCAAGCGUCUCAGACUGCCUUCAUUGAGUUUACACUACAACCUAAAAGUUUUUUUUUGUUCUAAUUUUCAUCCCAUUUUCUCCCCAAUUAAUCAACCCACUCAUUAGGACUCCCCCCAUCACUAGUUAUGCCCCAACACCAGGAGGGUAAAGACUAGAACAUGCCUCCUCCGUUACAUGUGAAGUCAGACACCGCCUCUUUUCAAACUGCUGUUGAUACAUCAGCUCACAAACGCCUGAUCGACAUCACCCUUUGGAGUAAUGUGGGGAGAGCGCCAUCUACCCACCCAGAGAGCGCAAGGCCAAUUGUGCUCCCUCAGGGCUCCAGCAGACGAUGGCAAGCUGCAUGAGCGGGAUUCGAAUCAGCGAUCUCCUGAUCAUAGUGGCAGUGCUUAGCCAACUAGACCACUCAGAGCCUCCUAGCCUAAAGGAUGUUUUGAAAGGAAUUUUUUACUGUAUACCUAGUUUGUAAAGCGAGUGUAAUGUUUCACAUUAACUUUCAGUUUCAGUUAAUGUAUUAAUUAUUUUGAGUGAUUUAAAUCCCCUGAGUAUUAAGUAGGUGUUUGGGACCUUUGGGAUAAGUUGGAAUGGCAAUUUGUGAUUCAGAAAUAAUUAUUCAGGUCCUGAUCUGACCUCACUAAUGAUCAGGGCCAAUUGGCAAAGUGCACCGCUCUUAAUUACGGUCUUAAUUGUUUAUUCAUUUAUAUUGAUGUCAGUGUUUUUGUUUUUGUUUGUUAAA